CACUGGCCCUAUCUUGGGUGUCGAAAAAAAAUACGGUAUCGGAAAAUUAUAACGCGGAAAAGAAUCUCCGUCAGAGACCGAACCCAUUUUGUAAAUUGAAUUAACUAAAUGCAUCUCCUGGAACGGACCAUGUUCACCUGCGCGCUACGAAAAUGAUACUUCGAUAUCGGUGAACGCGUUACAAGAAAUAAAAGUUAAUGAGGCAAAAGCAGAGUGGUAGAAAAAAGGCAUACAUACAUACGCACGCUCGUCGACGUCGUCGUUGCGAAGGAAUAUAUGUAUCUGCAUAUGUAUGUGCGUGUGUAUGCGUCGCGUACACAUAAGUGUGGUGGCUGCAGCUUCUAGCAGUGAGUCGGAGCCUGUCUCCAAUCGCAUUGGAGGAGGGGGAGCAGAACUGGCUGGCGAAGCGGAAGGAAAGAUUGAUCGAGCGGCUGGAAGUGGAAGUGGGAGUGGGUGGGAGCGAGCGAUAGAGGUAUGGACGGCGGCGAUUGAAUGUUUUCGGGCUUAAAGACGUGAAAAUGAUUUGGCAUAGCAGAGCAGCCACCAACAGCGACGCCGAAGGCUCCAUCGUAUUCGUAAGGGCCAGAGACCCUACCAACGGCUUCUAUUCCAGCCCACUGUGAUAUUUUUCGGAUGCAAACCCAGACGAAAAUCCAGCAACAACCGAAAACAAGCCUGUACGUGCUCUGUCCAAGUGUGUGUGCAUGUCUCUGCCGACGACGCAACAAAAAAAAAAAAAAACACAUUGGAAGGUAGCAGCAGAACGGCAGACAAAGCAUCAGGCACGGCCCCGAAGACAAAGAGAGGAGAGAAGCGAAGCAUCAGCCAGUAGCGCCUUUGUGAAUAAUUCAUUUAAGACUCUUGCAGAAUGGUCGUCGGCUCGAAUCACACGCGUCGUGGCGAAACUGGCAGUAGAUUUACAAACAGCAGCUCCAACAGUAACGGGAACAGCACCGCCAGCAGCACAAGUGGCGGCACCACCUCCACCACCAGCUCAACGUCUUCAGUAGCUAGCAGCGAGGGGACGGCAGCGGCGGCGGCUCUUUUGUCGUCAAUGUCCCAAAAAAGCCAAAAUGCCGCCCAUGCACCACCCACAACAGCGAACAUCCACCAUCAGCUGCCGCAACCGACGAUAGCAACGCAGACGACGACGAACCACCAUCAGCCCCAUCAUCCCCAUUACCAGCAGUCGCAGGCACACAACCACCAACACCAGCAGCAUCAAUCCUCAAACGGAAUCGGUGGAGGCGGUGGAGCAGGAACAGGCGCUGGUGGCGGUGGAGGAAGUACCCUCAAUGGCUGUAAUGGCAGCGCCGUCAGUCGGUUGUCACAAUCCACUGGGAUGUCGCCGCGUGAACUCUCGGAGAAUGACGAUCUGGCAACAUCGCUUAUACUGGAUCCACAUCUUGGCUUCCAAACCCACAAGAUGAACAUACGCUUCCGCCCCCUCAAGGUUGACACGCAGCAUCUGAAGGCGAUCGUAGAUGAUUUCAUCCAUGGUCAGAACUAUGACGUGGCCAUACAGCGCAUCUACGAUGGCCCUUGGAUACCGCGACCACUGAAAAACAAGAACAAAAUCGCCACCAAGCGUUUGCAUGACCACAUUGUACGAUAUUUGCGAGUGUUUGACAAGGACAGUGGGUUCGCCAUUGAGGCUUGCUACCGGUACUCCCUGGAGGAGCAGCGCGGCGCCAAGAUCAGUUCAACGAAGCGCUGGUCCAAGAACGAAAAGAUCGAGUGCCUGGUUGGCUGCAUUGCCGAGCUGACCGAGACCGAGGAGGCAGCCCUCUUACACUCAGGCAAAAAUGAUUUCUCUGUGAUGUAUAGCUGCAGAAAGAACUGCGCCCAACUCUGGCUGGGACCGGCGGCUUAUAUCAAUCACGAUUGUCGGGCCAACUGCAAAUUCCUAGCCACCGGGCGCGACACAGCCUGCGUGAAGGUGUUGCGCGACAUUGAGGUGGGCGAGGAGAUUACUUGCUUCUACGGCGAGGACUUCUUUGGGGACAGCAACCGGUACUGCGAGUGCGAGACGUGCGAGAGACGUGGAACGGGUGCAUUUGCCGGCAAGCACAACAGACAUUUGGAUGAUGCCACUGGCCUGGUGCUGGGUCUCACCUCCGGCCUGGGUCUGACCAGUGGCGGUGCUGGCAACGGAGGCGGCUACCGCCUCCGCGAAACCGACAAUCGCAUCAAUCGCAUUAAGAGCCGCGCUAACUCAACCAACAGCACUUCGAAUAGCAACAGCAACACGAACGAUUCCACCGGCACCAACGACAGCAGCAGCACCAGCGCCAGCAUUGCCAGCAAUGGAGUAGCCCCAAUGGCAGUGCCCACAUCCCAGCAGCCAUCACAGGCGGCGGUCGGUCGUGGGUCGGGCAAAGAUACGGGAUCUGUGCCGCCACCGGGAUCUACAGCAGCAGCAGCAGCCGCCGCCGUAUCCCUGAUGGAGAAAAAGCUGCCGAACUUGGUUGUUUCGCCCCUGACCAUGAAGGAGCUGCGUCAGAAGGGUAUGACCAAGUACGAUGCAGAAAUGAUUAUGGCCAAUGCUGCCUACCAGCAGCAGCAUAAUCAUCAUCAGCAUCACCAGCACUUUUUGCAUCAUCACCACCACGGACAGCAUGCCAGCACCGGGGCCGAGGCCACGGCCGCUGUUCAGCAGCUGGCGAUGCAGAAGCCUGGCGUGGUACCCGUGACAUGCACUGGAGAAGGAGCUGGCGCUGGAGUAGGAGUAGGACAAGGCGCUUGCGCCGCUGGUGGAACCAUUUCCUCCACAUCCAGUACGGAAUUGAAUGGUCGACCAAAUACCCUGCGCAAGUCCAUUCGUGUUAACAGCACUAGCAGCAGCAUCUCUACAGCCUCCACGGAUGAGGUGGUGGCAGCCAGUGGACCGUCGAUGCCCCUACCAUUGCCACUGACAAUACCAAUGUCGGCCAAGUCCGCUGUGGUGCUGGUGACAAGGUGCAAGCCGGCCAUGGCCAUUGCGGCGCUGCAUCAGCGACAACAGAGGCAGCUGCGGCGCAGCGAGCGGCAAACAAAUCGUGGUGGUCAGAAGGAUAAAUCACUGGGGAAAUAUAUCACAGACAGCGAGAGCAGCGAUACCGAUCAUCAGCGCGGUGAGCGUCAGCGGGUGAAAGCGCGCGGAGUCGAUGAGCAUCAGCAGCCCACAAAAGUGUUUGCUAUGGACGGUGAGCAGCAGCAGCAACAGCAGGAGAAGCGCGUGACUCGGAAUAGUGCAGGGAGAGCUGCUGCAGCAGCAGCAGCAGCGGCAGCAUCAUCAUCGGCACCGGCAACAACAGGAGGACUAGGAAGAUUAGUCACUGCCCAUAAUAGUAGUAACAUAACAGCAGCGACAGCAACACCCACAGCCACAAGUAGCAGCAGCAGCAGCAACAAAACAACAACGAUUACAAAUUGUAAUAAUCAUAAUAGUAAUGAUAGCAGUAGAAUUAAUAUUAAUUCUAAUCUUAGAGGUAGACAUAGUGUUAAAUCAAAGAAGCCAGCACCAAGUGAGGCCUCAUCCAUACCCACAUCCACGUCCUCAGUUGAAGCACAGUCCCUACACCAGUCCCAGCAGCAGAAUCAGCAGCAGCAGCAGAAGGCAACGCGUCGCAGUCGCAGCAGCAGUCCUGCCUAUAAGAAAAAUCUUUUGGACACCUUUAACCAAGCGAUUGCUUCGUCCCAUCUUACAACGGAUGAGAAUCCAUCUAAGCAGAAGCGUAGUCGUCGUGCCGCUGCACUGGUUGCAGCUCAGCACAUCCAUUGCGAUGCAACGGGAAUGGGAUUCGGAGCAAAAGCACCACCAACACCUGCAGCCAGCAGUCAGCGCAAAAGACAUCAACUAGCAAGUGAAGGAACAGCAGCAGCAACUGCAGCAGUAGGUGUAGCCAGCGAGAAAGCAUCCAACAUCCUGUCCAGCAGCAGUGUGGAGCCCCUACUGAAGACACCCGAGCGUCGGCUGAAGCUCACGCUGCGAAUGAAGCGAUCUCCCAUACUGGAUGAAGUCAUUGAGCUGGGCACCAGCUUCAGCGAUGAGCGGCAUCAGGCCCGGCACAAUGGAGCUAUGGGCGGCGGUCGUACUGCAGGCGGGAAUGGAGCUAGCUCAGGAUCGGGAGGAGCGAGUGGCAGUGCGAAUAUGACCGGAUCAGAGGGGAUUGGCGUUGAGUAUGAGAUUCUACGCAUGGAAGGCAUUUCGGAGCAUGGGAACGAUGAUGAUGACGACGACGAUGAGGACGAUGACGAUGACGAUGAAGAGGAGGAGGACGCUGACGCUGAAGCUGAAGCUGAUGCUGAAGAUCAGCAGCCCGAACAGGUUGAAGUGCAGCAACAGCAGGCUGCACCGCUCGUGGCAGCACCACCCAGUACCAGUCACUACGAGCCGCUCUCAAAGAAGCAGAGGAAGAAGCAGCGAGGCUGCAGCAGCCAGCGGCGAUCACCGGAUCCCAGCUCGUGCAGCAGCACCGUCUACGUGACGCCGCAGAAGAAGCGACUUCGCUUAAUUUUCGGCAACGAGUCGCACACCAUUGACAUUCCACCAACGGGCGAGGGAGCAGCAGGAGCUAGAGCAGAAGCCAGCGGAGUGGAUGACCUGCACAGCAGCAGCGGCGGCGGAGUGAGUGCAAGUGACGAUUCGUUGAAUGCCUCGUACGCCAGCAGCGGCAGCAGCAUGACGGUCAAUACCUCCUCCCAAACGACGACUAGUGGCAACAGCAGCGACGAUGGGCCAUCUUUCUCCGCGUCCUCUGGUGCGGGCAAUGUGCAAACGGAGGGCAUGGACUCGACCACGCUGGUGGCACCAGCACAGACACCACAGUCGCCAACUUCCUCGACCAGCGGCCCCUUCUAUUCGGCCUGCACCUCCACCACCAGCACCCACUACUUCCCCAGUAGCAAGCGACGUGGCGGAACAGGAUCUGCGCCCGGCGAGGAGGCAGCAUCGUACAUCAAUUACUAUCAGAGUGGUGGCUCGGCGAUGCUUGGCAAGUACGGGGCCACGAAGCAGAUGACUUCCAGCCCCGGCCAGGGGCAGGCUAUUGUGAGCAGCAGCAGCGGCGGAAGUGGGGGAGGAGGAGCAGUUCUUGGAUUCCUGCCACAAUCGUUGACCAUUCCCAAGCACACUUUCGGCACCUGCGCCCUGCUGCCCCCCACUAGCUUUGCCAGUCUCCAGCAACCGACGCAGCCGCCGGCAACGCUGCUGCCGCCAAAUCAUCAGCAGCAGCAGGCGAAGACCAGUGUGGCCACAUCAACGUCCGCCUCCUGCUCGCCGCCUGUGCACAACCAUCAUCAUCAUCAAAGCCAGCAGCACCAGAAUCCACAUCAUAACCACCAUAUCCAGCAAUAACGAACGACUGAUCUCCAAGUAACUUGACUAAGGUCCGCUGACAUUGCCCA